AUACACUACAAAACACAAACAGGAUAACAUGGAUGACGUCAAAAAGGGUUAAUCUGAAGUCAACAGCAUUUCCGGUGUGUAAAUACAGUCAUUUCGAAUCGAGCUUUUACGAGACAAAGACGCUUAUUAAGGGGUCCAAAAUAUAAGUUUUUUUUUUUUUUUUUUCUCCAAAAGCGUGUGGCUUCAUUCGAAGACGGUUUUCUAAAACUGACAGAAUCUCUGAGUGGAGGAUCCGUCUGAACACCAUAAAGACCAGUGUGCGAAACUUUCUGCGAAGUAUGUGCUAAUAGACAUUGCUUAGUGCUAGUGUUACCCGAGUGACUCAAGUGAUCGUUUUCGGUUAGAAUAUUUUGGCGACUUCGUCUCUUGAACUUCUGCGUAUUUCUCGAACAAAAUAUUCAGCUGAGAAACCCAGUGCAUUGCCUCUAUCCCAAGACUACUCCGAUAUUUGGUGGUUCUGUGUAAAUUCCUACCUGGCAGUUGAUUAGUACCCAGGUGCGCCAAGUAAUGGCAGAAACUUUGUGGUGUUUAAUCGGGUGCUUCUUCUUUGGCUCCUACUUGAUCCUGUUCGCUGGCUUAGGUCUUCUGAUUGGCAGCGGGUCGUUACGUGGGGGAUUCGCCCUGGUCUUCCUUGGAGGCAUUUUAGCAACGACCUCUACAGUUGUCACCUGCGCGGCUUACUGGUUCCGCUACAAAAGAACCGCGACGAACGUCGUCGAAGAUGCGGAGGAUUUGCCCCCCUCCUACAGGAGCUCGUGGGAAAGGUCCUUCCUAGGUCGAACGUUCUCCCGAAACCAAGCGAGCAUCAGGCACCAGACGAUGCUGGAGGAGAGACCGGAUGCCAGACCGACUUAUCGCACCCAGCAUCCACAAAACUACACGAAUUUUGCAAUGGUCACCAACGACGAAGGCUCCGAGGUCGCAGAGCUGCCUUGCAAUUACAACGACCAGUUUGGAAUGGUGCCAUCUUCUUCCGAGAGUCCUUUCAGUCCGAAGUUCAUGGAUGCCCCGCCCUCCUAUGAUGAAGUUAUGGCUGCCAAGGGCAACUCAUAAUGAUUUUGGUAAGCUCCUUCCCAAGACUUGGUAACGAGAACGUGAAAGCACCUUGUGACUGGAGGACAGGAAGUCAAUAUAUAUUCAAUCGUAUUCCAAGUUGAUGUGUACAAUUCAUUACUACAUCUGACUUUUACUGUUGUCAUACAACUUGAGUAAAUCUACUGGAAUGAGUUGAAUCUUCAGAAGGAAAAAUGUAAUACGAACACUAGUCGUGCUGUAAGAAUAGAAUACCCAUAAUAUUUUGUAAAUUUUGACGCUGUAAUAAUAAAUUAAAGUACAAUUGUAUUUUGUGAAUUUUAACGCUGUAAGAAUAAAUUAAAAUACAAUUGCAUUUUACAAUUUUCGACGCUGUAAAAUAAAUCAAAGUACAGUCAUAUUUUGUGAAUUUCGACGUUUCUAACAUAUUUCCAAAAUACGACGUGAUUUUGAUUUAUUCUUCAGAGGAAUACCGUAGCCAAUUCGAGGUGUUAAGUUAAAACUACUUCAAAUGCUUAUGAUCUACACCUCACCUGAUAGGGCUGAAAGUAACUAAAAGAUGGAUUACUGAGGAAGCUUCAAUACAACAUUUGUAAUAUUACGCCAAAAUUGUAAACUUACAAGAGGGAGUCAACGUGACCUGUUGUAUAAUGGGCUCAGCUCCUGGGAACAUUGCCUUGAUAACUGUAUAUGAUCUGGCUAUAUUUAUUCUUAUCUAUUCAAUUAUAUUUAUUAGACGUGUGAAAACUACAGUAUAAAAAAUUAACAUGAAA